ACAGUAUUGCCAGAGCGCAAUCCAGUCGUGGUUUAUCAGCCGAGUUGUAACGGAAAAAGGAGCGGAGGUGCAUGCUUUCUAGUAAUCGCCGUGUCUCCUCCGUUCACUCAAAAUCUCGUUUGUGGUAUCCGUCCUUCAUCCCUCGUAACGUAUUCGAUUGAAAAAGAAAGAAAGAAAGAAAGAAAGAAAGAAAGAAAGAAAGACAGAAAGAAGAAGAGAAAAGAGCAACAUAAAACGAGUUAUAUAAAAUAAAGCGUCCGAGUGUCGUGGUCGUAUUUCCACUUUGCACUUUAUCGAUUAACUACUCGAGUCUAUACUAAAGGAUCGUAAGAAUUGAAAAAGGUCAGAGAAACACGGAGAAACGUCGAAAUCAAGAAGAUGGCGGAUAAAUUAUACUACCCCAAUCCAGAACUCGCGAAGAACGCGUACUGCAGCAGUCUGGAGCAGUAUAGAAAGAUGCACGAGAUAUCUGUGAAGAAUCCGCAGGAAUUUUGGAGCGAAAUUGCAAAAGAAUUCUAUUGGGAAACUCCAGCAACGGAGGAUAAGUUCUUUUCGUACAACUUCGAUUUGAACAAGGGGGAUAUAUUCAUAAAAUGGAUGGAGGGUGCGUCAACGAACAUAAGCUUCAAUCUGUUGGACAAAAACGUGAAGAGUGGAAAUGGUGACAAGAUUGCGUUUUAUUGGGAGGGCAACGAUCCGGACGACUAUUCGCGACUGACGUACAGAAAAUUAUUGGAGGAAGUAUGCAGAUUUGCGAAUGUUUUGAAAUCCAAAGGAGUGACAAAAGGGGAUCGUGUUGCAAUUUAUAUGCCUAUGAUCUUGGAACUGCCGAUCGCUAUGCUCGCUUGUACCAGAAUUGGUGCUGUUCACAGUGUAGUGUUUGGAGGAUACUCGUCGGACUCGCUGGCAGAACGUAUCAUGGACUCGAAAGCGAAAGUUUUGAUUACGACUGACGGUGUGUGGAGAGGCGAGAAGCUUUUAAUUUUGAAAAGUAUCUGCGACGAGGCUUUGAAAAAAGUCAAGAAGAACAGUCACGAGGUUGAAUGUUGUAUAGUAGUUGCGCAUUUGAGAAGAUUGAGUAGUCCUCAGAGUGCAAAGUCAGACUCAACAGGAAAAACGAAUGGAGUGAACGGUACAAGUGAUAAUGGCUUUGACAUUCCUGAAAUUCCAUGGGAUGAUGAUCGUGAUUGUUGGUGGCAUGACGAAGUGGAGGAUGCUGAAGACAAGUGUUAUCCAGUCUGGAUGAAUGCGGAAGACCCACUUUUUAUUUUAUAUACAAGUGGUUCUACAGGAAAACCAAAAGGUGUUCUACAUACCACGGCCGGAUAUCUAAUCUAUGCAGCCACGACAUUUAAAUAUGUAUUUGAUUAUCAUCCUAGCGAUGUGUAUUGGUGUACAGCCGAUGUUGGUUGGAUCACUGGUCAUACUUAUGUUGUGUACGGUCCAUUGGCAAAUGGAGCUACUUCUAUUAUUUUCGAAGGUACACCGUUUUAUCCAGAAAACGAUCGUUACUGGGCAGUCAUCGAUAAAUAUAAAGUCACGCAAUUUUAUACCGCACCGACUGCAAUUAGAUCGCUUAUGAAAUUUGGAGACGAUUUGGUAAAGAAGCAUGAUUUAUCUACUUUAAAGGUCUUGGGUUCGGUUGGAGAGCCAAUAAACGCUGAAGCAUGGCUAUGGUUUUACAAUCUUGUGGGUCAUGGAAAAUGCAGUAUAUCGGAUACAUUUUGGCAAACGGAAACUGGUGGCCACGUGAUCACUCCACUUCCUGGUGCUACGCCAAUGAAACCAGGUUCUGCAUCGUUCCCAUUCUUUGGCGUUUUACCAGAAAUUCUGGAUGAAGAUGGUCAUUUGGUCGAAGGUGAAGGUGAAGGAUAUCUUGUUUUCCGUCAACCAUGGCCGGGAAUGAUGAGAACUCUCUAUGGAAAUCAUCAACGUUUCCAAAGCACAUACUUCGAUAAAUUUCAUGGAUAUUAUUGCACAGGAGACGGCGCUAGGCGUGAUGCAGAUGGUUAUUUCUGGAUAACUGGUCGCGUUGAUGAUAUGUUGAAUGUUUCUGGUCAUCUUAUGUCUACGGCGGAAGUAGAAAGUGUAUUGACUGAACAUUCUUCGGUAGCUGAAGCUGCAGUAGUUAGUAAGCCACAUCCUGUAAAAGGACAAUGCCUUUAUUGCUUUAUUACACCAAAUGAGGGUGCCAAAUUCGACAAGAAGCUUCAAGAUGAACUUAAAAAGAGAGUACGUGAACGAAUCGGCCCCUUCGCUCAACCGGAUGUCGUUCAAUAUGCACCAGGACUACCAAAAACACGAUCGGGCAAGAUUAUGAGACGUAUACUUAGGAAAAUCGCAGCAGGAGAUAGAAAUGUCGGCGAUAUAUCAACAUUAGCCGAUGAAAGUAUCGUUAAUGUCCUUUUCCAAUUAAGGCCGCAAGUUUAAGUAAAUUUCUGGCAAUGUAGCGAUUUUCGAUGGAAACGUAGUAAUUUAGAAAUGAAUGAUAACAACACGCUUCCGAUGACCGAUUAAAUAAGUAAGACUUUCGAAUUAUAGCCAUUGAAAAGAAUAACGUGAGAACUUAAUAUAAAAAUUCAGGGGAAUGUGUAACUUGUUAAAAUACAGGGAAAAUAGUUUUUAUUAACGGGAAAAAAAAUCGGACUUUAAAGUGGUAUCUUUAGAAUAAAAUUUUCAUUUUUAUUUAAAUUUCGUUAUUACUUAUGAUACUAUUUACGAAUUAUUUUAUAGAAAAUUAUUAUGCGCAAUAAUUGUUACUGCUUUCAGUCGACUAUCAUCGUGGCAAGUGUUGCUUGAAAUAGAAUAUUUCAUAAGUUUAUUCAUUAUUUAAAGGUGAAAAAUUUAUUUAAGCGAUUUGACUAUUUUUUUAAUCAACUGAAAAUAAUAUGAAGACGCGGAAAAUGUUAUGUAACUAAAGAUAAUCAUUAAAAACUGUUUCAGAAUCUUAUUAAAGAACUAAAGUGAUGCUAAAAUUUCUCAGAAAUCGACUAUAAAUAUAUUAAUUGUUGCAUAUCGAGUGACUUCAUAGCAGCAAUAUUUUUUGAAUAUAAGCGAAUAUCAAAAAAAUCGAAUGACGUACGACAAAUAUUUAUCAUUGUUGAAAACUUUUAUAAUGUGCAUUCUAAUGAUGUGCAUGUUUAAACGAUUUGUCUACAUUAAACAUGAAAGUAUCUCAGAAGCUUUUGAAAAUUUUACAGAAAAAUUUAAUUGUAAUUAUAUAUUAUAUGUGUAUAUAUUUGAACGAUGGCGCCGGAUUAUGUUACGAUAGUAUAAUUUUAGACAGAUAUUACGAUAUUAGAACUCAGUUCAUUUUGAUUUAAGAGCGUAGCUGGUUGUUAAACUUUUACCUUUGAUUUAAGAGCGUAGCUGGUUAAAUUUUUGUCUUACUUCUGUUCAACUUGUUAAGUUUCAAACGACUUCCAGUAAUGACAACGCUGAUAAAGGUUCUAAUUGCAUUAUUUGAGCAUCUUGUUAGCAUGAUUAACGAUACAACAACUGAAAGUACGAGUGCGGUUACAAAAAUAUUGCAAUCAACGUAGUAUUUAAAGUACUGCAAAAAUGUUUGCGAGUCUAUUAGCUAUAGUGUAAAAUUUUUUGCCCAUAACUUUCGGUUUUCUUUAGAUAUACACAAAUAAGUUAGCAAGAAAAAAAGAAGAAUUACGAGAAUAUAUAGAGACAAAUUAUUUAAUUUUAGCAAACUAUUUUUUUUACAAUGAUUUUCCGUUCCAGUAUGGAGGAACGGAAGACCUAAUUAUACGCACGAUUAUUAACGCACUUUACGAAAGGAAGUUGGCAUUUUCUGUAAGUUACUAGAAGGCUGGUUUUAUAAUUGUUAUACUAUAUGUAAGGUGAGUCAAACAAAACGUUGCCUCGUGUCCCUUGAUAGGGGCAUGUUACAUACAUAUCAUUCCUCGCGGAACAAAUUAAUUAUAGGUGUGAUAAUGAUAUAAAUAUUUAAAAAAUAUAUAUGUAUAUUAUAUGGAAUAAUGCAGAAAACAUCUAUAUAUGUAAAUAUAUUUAUGUUGAAGGACAUAAUUAUUACUGAUCUGUUAAG